GAUAGUGGAUUAUUUGGAAUUUUAAUGAGCACUAAGAGCAGCUUCAUCCUAAUGGGAGCUUGCAGCCUGUGUGGUUGUUAAAACCUUGAAAAUGGAUUUACAGUAGGAGGCAGCUGAUCUACUGUUAAGAUAUUGCAGAAGUGAACUUUGGCUUGAAAUGAAAUUCAUUAGACAUUGAUCUCUGUAGCUGUAAGGUGUUGCUCAUGUUUCACUUCAGGCUUUCUGACUAAACACCGAGGUCGCCAACACAACAUUUAAUAUCACAGACAGCUGUAACACGCACCAGAAGAUACCAUUACAGACUCCCUGUGGAGCAGGAGCGUGUUGAAUGUCCCCCAGAGGAUUCAAUUUGCAACUGGGUGUUACAGAAAACCUAAACACGCUUUUGUGCUAGCAGCUGAGAGUAUGUUUGUGCUGUGCACGCUGCUACUGCUGUCCAUCCACAGCCUGCUGAAAAGACAGAACACUGUGGAGCUUCAUGAAGCCAAGACAGCAGAGCACAGCGAGAAAACUGGCAAAAAUUCACGCUAUACGCGGCGCAGGAAAGUGGGAAAUCCUGUCAGGGGUGGAACCCAGGGCCGAUGCAGGUCAUGUUCCACCACCCAGCUGGAGGUACUUGAGUGCAACAAGAGAGCCCAGCGGUACGCUCUGUUUGGCCCGGCGGACAUGUUUGGCACAAGGAAGACGUGGGACCUCGGCCACACCCCCUGCCUGCAGGAGCUCUGGAACAACGACCUUUCAUUGGACGCAAGCUCAGUGGAUUUCCUGAUUAGUGAUGGUGAGGAGGAGAGCUCCUUCCUGACCCUGCCCAACUCUGUUCUUCAGCACCGCCGCUUGACCUCAGAUCACAGCGAUCCUGCCCUCUCUGAUCAGCAGCUGCUCAUACAGGCGCUACAAGAUAAAGUGUGCGAGUUCCAGGCUCGUUUGCGUAGCGAAGACGUCACGGACAGACGGCUUCUACAGCAACUACACACACCGCAGGUCAAUCAAGACCAACAAGACAAAGCAACCAUAAGCCAAGAGCAUCCACUCACCAAUCUUGAGCAGGACAGCCAGCCCAGCCAAGCUGGCUUCACCACAAGUGUGAGACAACUGAGUACAGGAUCACUACAUCCACAGGAUUAUCCUGACAUUGCUGGGGAACGGAAAGUUCACGCGCAGCCUCGGCUUAAAGAAGAAGCAUACCAGCUUGCUCUUAUCACAAGGCUACACACACAGAUUGAGGAGCUGGAGAAGAAACUGAAGGACCAGACUCAGGAGGUGGAGAGACUGCGCUCUGAGCUGGGGGCGACAGACCUGGAAAAGCAGCUGGAGCUCCUAGAGAGCGAGAAUCAGCGGCUCAGACAGGAGCUUAAGUCCAGCAGCAUCCAUGAGCCUGCACACACCUGCUCCACCUCCACCUGCCCUCACAGCCAGGAGGCAGCAGCCCUACGUGGGGCGCUCUCCUUAUGUGAGGAGCGCUGUAAAGAGUAUGAGCGGCACAUGGCCAAGCUCGAACAUCAGCUCGGGGCGAGAGCCGGCACAAUGGAUGAGCUGCAUGCGCAACUGGAGGAGGCAUUACAGAGCCGUGACAAUCUUCAGGAGCAGCUCACACACACGCAGGAAAUACUGCAACGCCACAGUACAGCAGCGCCAUCUCAGGCCAUGUAUGUGAGCAAGGCAGCAGAUGCCGAGUCGUCUCAAUGGAAAAAGGCUCUGAUGGAGGCUCAGGCACAUAACCAGGCUCUCCAGGAGCAGCUUGGGGUCCAGCGGCAGCUCCUCAGAGAGCUCGAGCAAAAACUGCACAACAGCCAGAGGACCAGCAGUGAGCUUCGCCAGCAGAUCCUGGCACAUCAGGGUGAGAUGGAGCGAACGCGGAGCCAGCUGGAAACUGAGAUUCAAACACUUGAAGAGGAGAAGAACAGGGUCAUCGAGGAGGCGUUCAUCAGAGCUGAGAGCGAAAUGAAAGCUGUGCACGAAAACCUUGCAGGCGUAAGGAUGAAUUUGCUGACUCUGCAGCCUGCCCUGAGGACACUUACGUGUGACUACAACUGUCUGAAGAGGCAGGUCCUGGACUUUCCCUACAUGCUGCAGAAUGCUAUCACUGAGGCGAAGCAGGAGAUAUGCCACAUGAUUGCAGAGGUGAGCAACACCAACCAGGAGCUGCUACGCAAAUACAAGAGGGAAAUGAACCUGAGAAAGAAGUGUCACAAUGAACUGGUUCGCCUCAAAGGAAACAUACGUGUUUUCUGUCGUGUGCGUCCCAUCUGUCAAGGUGAAGCCGAGGCUGACGGCAAGAGUGUGGCGUCUUUUGAUUCUGACGAUGAUGCAGUGCUCUACCUUUCCAAUAAGGGCAAGCUCAUGACCUUUGAUAUGGACAAGGUCUUUUCCCCUCAGGCUACUCAGGCAGAGGUGUUUCAAGAAGUGCAGUCUCUGAUCACAUCCUGUAUAGACGGCUAUAACGUGUGCAUCUUCGCUUACGGCCAGACAGGUUCAGGAAAAACCUACACCAUGGAGGGUGUUCCUGAGGAUCCUGGCAUUAACCAGCGAGCUCUGCGCCUGCUGUUCUCUGAGGUAUCUGAGAAGAUGCCUGACUGGCACUACACCAUCACUGUCAGCAUGGUUGAGAUCUACAAUGAGACACUAAGGAACCUGUUAGGAGACAAUCUAAAUGAGAAGCUAGACAUUAAGUUGUGUCCAGAUGGCAGUGGGCAGCUGUAUGUGCCUGGUCUUACCGAGUUUACAGUAAAGAGUGUGGAGGAUAUUAAUAAGGUUUUUGAGCUGGGUCACAUGAACAGGGCGACAGCAUGUACCAACCUGAAUGAGCACAGCUCCCGCUCUCAUGCUCUCCUCAUUGUCAAUGUAGCCGGUUUUAACGCCUCUACAGGACACCGCACUUCAGGCAAGCUGAAUCUGGUCGAUCUAGCAGGUUCUGAGAGAAUCUCUAAAUCCGGCGCUGAGGGAAGCCGUCUGCGUGAGGCUCAGUGCAUCAAUAAGUCACUCUCGGCGCUGGGUGACGUCAUCAACGCGCUGCGAUCACGCCACUCUCAUGUUCCUUUUAGAAACUCACGCCUCACAUACCUGCUGCAGGACUCGCUCAGCGGAGACAGCAAGACGCUGAUGCUGGUACAGGUUUCUCCUCUAGAAAGCAACAUCAUUGAGUCAGUGUGCUCUUUAAAGUUUGCCCAACGUGUUCGCACAAUCGAGCUCGGACCGGCUUCAAUUUCACGAAGACAUGCCGAGAACUCUUCAACGUCCUCCUCACCUACUCACGACGGCGUGGAGAGCAUGAUUGAUGGAAAUUUUGUCACCUGUAACACUUUGAAGGAGUUGGAUUCUCCACCUAUAACUCCCCUGCCCCUACCCAUCUCCCGGGCCAGCAGUGCGGGCUCUUCUCUCUCCACUAUCUCCAGAGUCUCCAGCACACGAAGAAGAUCCCAGAGCCAACAAGCUCCAGACAGACAGGUAGACAGAGGCAGUCCAUUGCUUGGGGACAGUGGGCAGGUAGGUGGGGUUUUAUCCGAUUAGUAUCUCGGCAUGGAAAAGCUCAGCAUGGCAACCGUGUCACCCGAUCGCUAAUGGCCCAUCUAACACAAUGUGCGCUAACCCAGGGAAGGUGUGUGAGUGUAAGUGAGAGAAAUAAUCUAUGUUGGUGUUGUUGUUUUUUUUUAGUUUGUUUGUUUGUUUGUUUUUAAAUACACAUCUUCCUUGUCAUUUGUGUGUGGUUUAUGUUCAUUGUGUAUGACAGUAUGUGCUGUUUUCAGUGGCUUUCUCCGUUGUUGUGUGUGUGUGUGUGAGAUGGAGCGUAUGUACUCACACCUGCUUUGGUAUGGCUGUGCUUUAGUGGUGAAAUGCAGAUAACUGUGUUUUGCUGACCUAUAUGGGCUCAUGAACACGGAACCCAAAUACACACGUCUCCUUGCAAUGUUGAGCUCUUGCUUUAGUCUAAUCCAUAGAUGAAGCAAGCUGUCAUUUAACUUUCAUGGUGGGUGACUAAUAGAAAGUACCAUAUUUUCCAUACUAUAAGUCACACCGGAGAGGACGGUCUGCAUAGAGACAUAAUAACACAGAGUUGCUGUUUCAUUAGGGGCCUCUAUUUCAAAAUUGCAUUAAUUCAAAUUAAAUAAAAUUAUAAAAUAAUUUUAUCAGUAUGUGUAGAUUUACUAACCAUAGCUCAUAAGCUGAUACAGUACACUAUAAAGCCAAAGGUUUCAUUGAAGCCAAGAGCCCCAGUCCUGUUCCAGCAUUAGGAUUCCCUAUGCAUGAAGUGAAGUUUAUACAGACAUGGUUUGUCAGUGUUUGAUUGAAAGAACUGCACAGAGCUCUAAACUCAACUGAACUGCAAGCACCUCACAUGACUUCACUACCUGACCUCACUAAUUCUUAUCAUCUUAUCUUAAUGAAAAUCUCAAAGCCAUACUCCGAAUGUACGAAAUCUAGUGAAGGGGCUUUUCCUAGAAGGGUUUUGAUUAUAAAAGCAAAGGUGCAACAUGGAUGUGAAGGUCAGGUGUUCACAUAUUUGUGCCAUAUUGUCUAGCUAUGCGUAUUUCUGAUACACAGACUGAAAACAUCUGUUAUCAACUGUCUACAUUUUGGGGAAUUUCUUGCACCAAAGUCUAGUUUUUAAUGGUUCUAAUUGUAAUGAGAAACUGUGAUUUCACUACAGUUUUGUAUUCUUUAGAUGCUAUAAUUGCACAAUUAUCAGCCUGAAACCCUGAAUCAUUGUACAGUAUAUGUUUAUACAUGGUACGCACUCAAAGUGUUUCAUUUCCUAUGCACACAGAUAAUUAAGCUAAGUGAUUAACUCAAGUGGUAAUUUCCUUGCCUUUCCCCAUGCAUCUGUGCCCGUUUUGCUUCAGAUCUUGUACAAACACUGGUGUACAUCCUGUACAUUUCACUUCUCUUAACCAAACAUUUGCUAGAUGCACAUUACAACAUCCUUGCAUGACACAAUUUUAAUUUGUUGUUUAAGUUUUAAUUUGUAAACCGCAACACCUGUUAAAUAGGAUCUAAAAUCAAUACAUCUUAUAGUAUGGAAAAUACAAUAAAGUGGUAAUUAUUAUUAUUAUUUUUUUAAAGAUAAUCAGUUGAACAUUGGUUUGAGUGUUAAACUCAAAGUGUUUAUUUUACACAAUUUCUUAAUCAGAUCUCUUGGUUCUUUUUUGCCCAGGACGAAUGAAGCUUGCCAUCUGAUGCUAUGAAGAGUUGAGUGUGCUGCGAAACAUACUUUCGGCAUGCUCUAUCCAGAGUUAAUUUUGUUCACUGAGAUAGGGACGAAACAAACUGGCAAAUCAGGGAUAAAUAUUCACCAUUUCUGAGAGAGACUUGACUGUUCUGUUGAUGACUGACAAAUCUGCCGUUCCCUUCGAGCUCUGUGCUGCACCAGGAAAAACGUGAAGACUUCCUCCCUCACAUCAGUGUUCAUGGACAUCUAUGCACUUUAGAACAAGCUCAUCUGAUUAUACAUGGUGUUAAUAGACCCAGUCAAGCCUAGGACUAUCACUUGACUGGUGCUGAUUUUAAUUGUGUUCUUUCUCUUUUUUGAGAGAAAAUUGUUGGUGUAUUCUUUUUUUCCCCCACUUCCACAAAACUUCCACUUCCUUUUUAUUCAAAGCCUAAGAACAAAGUCGUACUUCCACAAAAAAAAACCUUGUGUAGCAGUUGCAGUAAGCAAUAACAAAGGCUGAAUCUAGCCUUUUUUCCGUUAGCGGUCAUGUUCUUGUCGUGUGUAUUUGGUAUCUUGAAGGCAGCAUAUUGAAGUCUUCCUGAUCUAAGCAUGUAUACUUUGAACUUUUUCAACUGCAAUGGACUUACUCAUUCCGUUUUGCUGUGAAUAGGAAUGCUUGGAUUUUUUUCCCCCACAGGCGAAACUCCGCUUCCACUGUAUGAACUUUUAUCAUCUGAAAUGGACCAUUAAGACAGAACGGAUAUUAGUGCUUGUGAGGUUUUGCUAGCUUCAGUUCAUUAUAGCAUAGCUUUGUAUGCAUCAUUUUUGUAUACUUUUUAAUAAAUGCCUUAAACAUAA